AUGGAACCCGAAGCUUGGGUGAAAGCCCGCGAAUCCUUGGCUCGUGUUUCUGGUGGCGCUCCCGCAGCAUCCGAUUAUAACUACUACCCAAAUUCAAACUAUCCGGUUAAUGGCUGGGCCAGCUAUAGUACUGCUUACAAUUAUUCGUACGACUAUGCUAACAACUAUUACCAGCCGCGACCUCAACAGCCUCAGCAACCACCACCACCACCACCGCCUCCGUCUCUUGCCCCAAAUCAUGGAAAUCAAAUGCAAAAUGCUUGGGCCACGUAUCAAAACAACGGGCAAGCGCCACCUGAGCAUCAGCAUUUUUCACAACCUCCCCCACCAAACACAAACCACGCUCCUUCUAUGUCAGGUCCAGGUUCUUUUGUGCCGCCAACUCCGCCACGUCACACUUACACUCAACCGCAUCCUGCAUUUUCAAAUGGCGUUCCAAUGUCUCAUCCUUCUCCGUCAAAUGGUCCGAAUAACGGAGUCAUUAGAUUUAAACUUCAGCAGAAACCUCAGCAAAAGCAGAAUUUAGAUAUGCCAGGUUCAAAGUCAGCUUUCAGCUCAACUUCUCCAACUAAAAUGUCACAAGGUACUGGACAUCAGCCAAACACAUUUCCCGAUCAUUCAUCCCCAUCAACAGCAAAUAGGACCAACAUAAGUAGUAACACUAACGGUAGUACUUCAGUACAAGGAGUAGGGGCUAAAAUGAGCAGUGGACAAUCUGACAAACCAAACAACAGCACAAACAGCGGCCAACAAUGGCCUCCUGAACUUCACGAGUAUGUAACACGCGCCUUUGCCGUAUCGAGCGAUGAGCUCGAUAAGGACCGAAUUGAAAUCAUCCUCAAAGGCAAAAUCACAAAGGCGAUCAAUGAGGGUAACAUGCACACGAAGGACUGGAAGAAUGAACCGCUACCGGUUCUCACCAAGGCUUCGUCUGCAAAUGACGCCCCGCCCUUUUCCAGCCCUUUUAAGCAGCAGACAACGCCUCCAAAGAAAGCUUUCAGACCGUAUGAGCAGAGUAAGAGUGUUGUUAAGAGUAAACCCAAUCUCUCGGAUCCCGUAAAGGGCUCCACACAUUCCAAUUCCUAUUCAUCGGGAGACUAUUCCGACUCCUCUGAUGAUUCUGACAGCAAAAUGAAGACUUACGGAAAGCGAUUCUAUCAUGAAGACACCCCGAGUAAGAAAAAGUUGAAAAAGAAAAGCAGAGAAAUUGAUUCGGACGAAGAUUAUAUUCCGUUGUCGUAUGAUGAGCCGAAGCAAUUUACUAAGAACAUGUCAAAGCAGACUUCGCCCUUGAAGAAGAACAACAAGCGCAGUCGAAGAGUGAACAAGAAAAAUGCUAAAAAGUUUGAGACUACCACAAUCACUGUUAACGGGUUUGGAAGGAAGGGCGACAUCUUCAGCGAUGAGAAGGUUGCUCAGCGAAAGGCUCGCUUCGAAGAGUACACUCGCACGACGGAAACCCCCACCAGUGCUGCUGAAAGUCAGAGUGGCAAAGGGUUUGCUGGGGUUAAGAUUAAUCACAUUCGUUACAAUACUAGCAGCAACUACAACAUGGUCGAUGAGGGCGAGGAAUUUGACCUGAGCUCCAUUAGCGCCAUUAUCGGCACCUGUACGAACCUUGAGAAGCGCUACCUGCGCCUGACCUCCGCCCCCGACCCGUCCACUGUUCGUCCUCUUGAGGUGCUCAGAAAGGCGCUGCAAAUGGUGAAAAAGAAGUGGCUUGACACGCGUGACUACAACUACGUCUGUGAUCAGCUCAAGUCCAUUCGGCAGGACAUCACCGUGCAGUGCCUGCGCAACGCCUUCACCGUGCACGUCUAUGAGACGCAUGCUCGAAUUGCGCUGGAAAAUGGCGACACCUCGGAGUUCAACCAGUGUCAGAGCCAGCUGAGGGCGCUGUACGGUGAGAAAGACGUCGGCGAUUGUGAAAAUCGCUGCGAGUUUAUCGGCUACCUCAUUUUGUACCAAAUUUUCGCCAAAAAUGAGAGUGAUUUGCAAAAUGUGCUCCACAGUUUGAGCAAAGAGGACAAGGAGCACGAGGUAAUUUCACAUGCACUGCGAGUUCGCAACGCAUGGUCGCUUAAGUUUUACCAGCGCUUGUUUCGGCUGUACGCGGUUGCACCUAAAAUGUCAUCUUAUGUGAUGGACUGGUUCAUUGAACGGGAACGUUCCUGUGCCCUAAUGACGAUCCUUAAGUCUCUGUCCCGGGAUCGG